AUGGAAUUGUCAAAAAUGGCAGACAUGACAAAGCUCCACCAGGCUGUGGCGGCGGGGGACUGCAAUUCAGUGAAGAAGAUUUUGAAGAAAGGUAUCUGUGACCCAAACUACAAGGAUGUGGACUGGAAUGACAGGACACCACUUCACUGGGCUGCAAUCAGAGGGCAAAUGGAGGUGAUACAUCUCUUGAUUCAAUAUGGAGCCAGACCCUGCUUGGUGACUGAUGUGGGCUGGACGGCAGCUCACUUUGCUGCUGAGUCAGGCCAUCUGAAUGUACUUAAAACUCUCCAUGCGCUGCACGCUGCCAUCGAUGCUGCUGACUUCUUUGGAGAUACACCCAAGAGGAUUGCACAGAUCUACGGACAGAAAGCCUGUGUGGAUUUCCUGGAGAAGGCAGAAGCGGAAUGCCGGGACCACCGCCAGAGAGGGCUGUUGCCUGAUGAGCGGGACCCAGAUUGGGACCUCAAGAAAAGGGAGCUAGAGCUGUCCCUUCCCGCCCCGAAUCGAAACACCAACAAAAAGACUAAGAGAAUCCGAGGCUCCACCAGGCUCAGCCAUUCCAAGGCCUGGAGGGUAUAAGAAGGUGGAGUCCACAGACUCAAGUGGACCUAGGCCCUAGCUGGAAGCCAGAGGGGUUGUUAGGCUUCCUGUCUUCACGGGAUUUGACUCAGCCACCCUCACCCAGGCUUCUGCCGAAAGUCACAGCAAACCAUUCAGUUGGAAAGUCUUUCCACAGAGUUCUCUAUCAGAGCUAGUGUCUCUGGCAAAACCUGAAAGCAUGAAGCUAAACCCUGACGCUUGAUCCCUGAGGGGACAAGGCAGCCACAGCCAACAGCAGCUUGCAUUUUGAUUUUAGUGACUUGCAGGGUCAGCAUGCCCCACCUCUCACCCACCA